CUAAUAUAUCACAAAUUUAAACUCCAUUUAAAAGUCUGCUGCUGGUCAUAGUUGCAUGCACAAGUUAGGAUUCGAAUUUCCGAUGCUUAUUUAAGCGGAGGAGUGAGAUAACUACUCGAUCAACCCACAUUGGUUAAACAAGGCGAUUCCCAGGUGAUUUGUUCAAGUUGGGCCUAGAGCCCAAACCAUUGACUUGGGUUUUCCUAAAUGGACCCACCGUAGAAAUACUCCAAGCAAGACCUUCUUUUACCAUGACUUACUAAAUGAGCCCACCAUAGCAAUACUCUAUGACCCAAAUUUAAAAAAAAAAUAUCAACUGCUGUAUACAACUUUACCCCAAAAAUACAAACUACUGCAUACAAAACAGAAAUAUUUGUCCCCAAUCACCGAAAAAAAAAAUGUUUCGAAAUCUCCGAUUCCGGCUCCGAUCACAGCGGCGCCCUCGCUAUGGGUUGCUGCUAUGUGCCGUCGUUUCAACCCUCUUCCUCUUCUCUUUCCACCACACAUCCCAAACCAACAACCCCCACCACCACCGCCACCAUCAUCACCGUCACCACCAUCAUCGUCGUUUUCUUCGAAGAAUCCAUCCCUUCCACCAUUUGGUCAACUACGACACCCUCCUCUCCGAUUCCGUCAUCGACGCCGCAUCUUCCAGCGAGGACGCCAUCGACGCCCUUGACAUCGUCGACGAACAAUCCCCUCUCGGUGGCACAUCCGACGAUGACGACACUGCUGACGUUGGCGAAGAACCCUCCCUCAUCCAACUUAAUGUUUCCGGCUACUUCUUCUACCAUGUCGGUGGCGCCAUUAGAAAGGCCUUCACCAAGAGUUCCCCGGGGGAUUGGGAAGAUGGGUCUCGCCAAGUUGGAAUCUUUUUGGGGUCUCCGGUAAUGGGUAAUGAAGAUCGGAGCAAGGCCACGUUUGGCUCUGAUGAUAUUCCGGUUGAUGAACGUGUUCGGAGGAAGGUUGUUGAGGUAAAACGUGUGGAAGAUGCUCUUCUUUUGAAAUUGGGAAGAAAAAAUUUGCCUUUAAGGGAAGGUUGGGGUGAUUGGUUUGAUAAAAAGGGUGACUUUUUGAGGAAGGAUAAGAUGCUUAGGUCAAAUUUAGAAGGGUUGAAUCCCCUUCAUAAUCCUUUUCUUCAGGACCCUGAUGGUGUUGGUGUAACUGGUUUGACCAAAGGUGAUAAGAUUUUGCAUAAGGCAUUGAUGAAUGAACUUAAGCAGCAACCCUUUCGUGGAGAAAAGUUGUCAGGAAGCUCACAACAUGAUUGAAUGUUCAUCUUUAUGAUGAAUGUGUUGUUGUUGAAUUAGGUGCUCUAUGUCAAUGCAGGAUUGUGUUUUGAGGUACAUAUUAUGCAGGAGAUUGUUUUUUUUAAUAUGCUUUCUCUUCACAAGCUGCUGCAAUAGCAUAUAGUGGUGGAUAGGUUUGUAAAUUGUUGUAUUUAAUUACUUUCAAGUUCCUUGGAUACAAAAUAGUGUCAUAUGUUACUAAUUACUAACAAUUAGGACUAGUAUAAGGCAUGUAAAAUUGUAGUGUGUUCUUCUUUAUUGAAUUGAAUUUAAUUUUGUUAAUAUGCA